CGGCCCGUGAAAACCGCCGGUAACCUUGCCAUUCCUGUCCGUUCGCCGCCGCCGCCGCCGUCUCGUAAUUCGUAACUACUAUCCGCUACCCCACCACGCCCCCACGAACUCCCCCACCGUCCUCCUCGGCCAGCGGCGCCGCCCUCGGCCGGACCCUUCGCUCUGGUUCUUACGCUUAUGUGGUCAGUGAUCUCCAGGGAGGUUGAUGCAUCCAUGCUGCACUUGAAGAUUUAGUCAGCUGUUGCUGCCUUGCUGGCCCUGUUUCUCCUCUAGCAUUAGAAGGAAGCCAUGGCAGGCCGAGAGGAUAGAUAUGUGAGGUUUCAGGACUGGAGAUCAGAGCAAUCUGUUUCUGUUGUUUCAGAUAGGGUAGUUUCAGAAAAAGGGCAUAACGUCUUUGGGUUGCUAAAGGGCAGAACUGCAGGAGCCUUUUCAUUCCUAGGGAACUCUUCACAUUCCGAAACUCUAAACAAAUCCGCUUCGGAGGAAAGGAAGCGCAAAACAAGAGUUCUUGAUCCCCAAGGGCCAUUUUUGCAGAGAUGGAACAAGAUAUUUGUGAUAUCAUGUCUUUUUGCAGUUUUUGUGGAUCCAUUGUUCUUGUAUAUCCCGGUAAUCAAUGGUGACAAUAAGUGCAUGCACUUGGACAAGAAGUUGGAAACCGCAGCAAGUAUCUUGCGCUUUUUCACAGAUAUCUUCUAUUUACUCCAUAUAAUGUUUCAGUUCAGGACGGGCUUUAUUGCUCCUUCUUCUAGAGUGUUUGGUCGGGGUGUCUUGGUUGAGGACAUGUGUGCAAUAGCAAAGCGGUAUAUGUCAACAUUUUUUCUGGUUGAUUUCUUAGCUGUUCUGCCCCUCCCUCAGGUAUUUGUGUUGGUGGUGCUGCCUCGUCUUGAAGGUUCUGAAAUUAUGAAGGCAAAAAUUGUACUACUGAUUAUUAUUAUAUGUCAAUAUGUGCCUCGACUGCUCCGAAUAAUACCACUUUACCUUCAAAUCACAAGAUCUGCUGGUAUACUUACAGAGACAGCAUGGGCUGGUGCUGCUUUCAACCUGAUAAUUUAUAUGCUUGCCAGUCAUGGCUUUGGAGCUCUUUGGUACAUGCUUUCAAUCCAACGAUUAGACUCCUGUUGGAGACAAGCAUGUAGCAAUCAGACUGGCUGUCAUCCUACAUCUUUAUAUUGUGAGACUAAUACAUUUGGAAAUAAUGCUUUCUUACAAAAUGUUUGCGCAACAAAUGGCAAUGCCAAGCCAGACCCGACAUUUGGAAUUUUUCUACCAGCUCUCAAGAAUGUUUCAAGUUCGAAGAGUUUCUUUGAGAAACUAUUCUAUUGCUUUUGGUGGGGGCUACAAAAUCUAAGCUCUCUUGGUCAGAACAUGAUCACAAGCACUAAUACAUUGGAGAAUCUGUUUGCGGUUUUUGUCUCAACAUCAGGCUUGGUUCUAUUUGCACUACUUAUUGGUAAUGUGCAGACCUAUUUACAGUCAGCCUCUGUGCGUAUAGAAGAAAUGAGAAUGAAAAGGCGUGAUACAGAGCAGUGGAUGGCACAUAGGCUACUUCCUGAAAAUCUUAAGGACCGGAUUAUGCGCCAUGAACAAUAUAGGUGGCAAGAAACAAGAGGUGUUGAUGAAGAGGGCCUUCUUACAAAUCUUCCCAAGGAUCUUCGAAGAGAGAUAAAGAGACAUCUUUGUUUGUCGCUUCUGAUGAAGGUUCCAAUGUUUGAAAACAUGGAUGAGCAGCUAUUGGAUGCUAUGUGUGAUCGUCUAAAGCCCAUGCUGUACACGGAAGGAAGCUGCAUCAUUCGUGAAGGUGACCCUGUGAAUGAAAUGCUCUUCAUCAUGAGGGGAACACUAGAGAGUACAACAACAAAUGGUGGACAGACCGGCUUCUUCAACUCUAAUGUUCUAAAAGGUGGUGACUUCUGUGGUGAAGAGCUCCUCACAUGGGCCCUUGACCCCACUUCAGCAUCAAAUCUCCCUGGCUCAACUAGGACAGUGAGGACGCUGACUGAAGUCGAAGCUUUCGCUUUGAGGGCUGACGACUUGAAGUUUGUUGCCACCCAAUUCAGGAGGCUUCACAGCAAACAGCUCCAACACACCUUCAGAUUUUACUCACAGCAAUGGAGAACCUGGGCGGCUUGCUUCAUACAGGCAGCAUGGCACAGGUACUGCAGAAAGAAGCUUGAAGAGACUUUAUACGAGAAGGAGAAGCGGUUGCAGGCAGCAAUUGUAUGCGAUGGCACUACUUCGCUUAGUCUUGGUGCAGCCCUUUACGCUUCGCGUUUUGCUGGUAACAUGAUGCGGAUCUUACGGAGAAAUGCCACCAGAAAGGCCCGUUUGCAGGAAAGAGUGCCUGUAAGAUUAUUACAGAAGCCAGCAGAACCCAACUUUUUUGUUGAAGAUCAGUGAUCCUGUCUUCGGGGGCACCCUGUAACAAGCAGACAUUAUUCAUGAUCCAACCGGUACAAAACUCGCGUGAUUGGAUGCUGCACAAGUGUACAUAUAUAGACCAGGUGGUCUAAAGCCAUCUGGUUUGAAUCACAGAAUUCGAUGUAUCUAUUAUUCUUUUAUCGGACACACCAUAUUAAAUCUGUAUUCAGAUGCAUGUAUUUAUAAGCAUCCCAGAUUUUCACCUCUUGUGAAUCUCGAAAACAGAUGGUUCUGUAAAUGUUACUGAUCAAUAGUUUGUUGAUUUUGGGAUGGCUCGCA